GCUGUCCGACAGAAAGCUGACGCUUCUUAAUGACGUCAUCAAAAAUAAACGCGGAAGCGUGUGUUUUGCCUUGUCCAUAGCUUUUCUUCGUUUCUUUGUUUCGAGUUUAUGUAUUUGUGAAUCUGAAAUGGCAUUAGACACCGUGCCUAAGGAUUUGCGCCAUUUGCGGGCUUGUCUUUUGUGCUCUCUUGUGAAGACAAUAGAUCAAUUUGAGUAUGAUGGCUGCGACAAUUGCGAAACGUAUUUACAGAUGAAAGGAAAUCGUGAGAUGGUUUAUGAGUGCACGAGUUCGUCGUUUGAUGGAGUAAUUGCCCAGAUGAAUCCUGAGGAUAGUUGGGUUGCCAGAUGGCAGAGAAUAAGUAACUUCAAGCCUGGAGUUUAUGCAGUAACAGUCACUGGUCGGUUACCCCCAGGGGUGGUUAGAGAGCUGAAAGGCCGAGGAGUGAUCUACAAGUCCAGAGACACAUCUGUGAACACAUAAACCUGGUUUUUACAACUCAAUCAAUUGUAUGAUACGGCUAAACUCAAACCAGAGAAAUAUUGCCAUGAUUUGUCUCUAAUUUUGUAAUGACUGUCAUUUUUGUGUUUUUUUUUUUUUUCAUAAUUCGUUGAAGUGUUGAGGCAACAGCAUGUUAAUAAAGAUACAAACUGAACUUCAGAAUUGUUAGACGACUUGUUCAAUACAGGUUGAAACACAUAGUGUAAUGUUAAUAUGCAUGGUUUCAGACUGUCUCUAGUUGCUCUGUCAUGUCCUCUAUCUUCUAAAACCACUUUGCUGUUCUCUGGAUACCAUGCUGCCGUCUAAUUCGAUUACCUCAGAGAAAAGUUUCCACAAUGAGACAAUGACUGGAUGACAAGUACAAUAUUUAGAGUAAGUAGAAUCAUUUCUUUCAGUGGAGAUGUGUUCUAAGCAAUGAGCUAUUUAAGUUGUCAUGGCUUAGUUAUGUGGUAACAUCAGUGGUUUGUUUAGAUUAUGUAGAAAAGAUAUGAAAAAGUUAAAUGGUUAAAUAGUUAUGUGGUACUAGGCACUUUUGCAGUCUGUGCACAAUAUUUAAUAUAGAAGUGAAGUACACUUUACUACAUUCAUAGUCCCUUGUAGUAUAGUCAAAUCAUAGCACUAGGUGGCGUUGUUGCUCAAACUGAAAAUAAAGUGAAACUGUCUGAUCACCUUUAGUGCAGUGCAAGAUGCAGUUGGAUAGCAAAGAUCUACUUUGUUCCAAUCAAGCUAAUAUCAUGACCUCAGCUAAUGAAGUUACUAGUUUCAGUGUUGCAUCACAUGUUAACCAAUUUGAGUUAUGUAUGCUAAACUAAAAAUCCCUUUAACUUGAUGCCUUUGACACAACAGUCUGAAGGUAUCUCUGUAAACAAAUACCCCAAAAAAGAGUAAGAAAAGGGUUGGUGUUCUAAAUUGCACACUUGUUUACUAAGGAAUGUAAUACAAGCUCAUCUAUCUUUGUAGUGUCAAACUUAAAAUCUUGCCACUCACAAAGAUGAGGUCUUGUUAAAGUUUCCCUGAUAUAGCAGUACAUUACACAGGUGGACAGACACAAAGCUGCCCAAGGUUAAUCAUUAAUUAUGAAUGUUCAUAGAUUUUGGUACAUCAAGUUUGGUCAGAGUUUUGUUUUCUGUUUGCAAACACAUGGCAGAGUGCACUUUGAAAGUCUGUGCCCUAAGGAGCAUUUCAAAAUGCACACUGAGAAUCCACGGCGCAAGAUAAACAUCCUGUGUAUGCUGAGAAUUUCUAUUGCCAGCUCAUAAAACCAACUGAAUGAGCACCGCCAGCCUCAGCUCCAGAUGACUGUUCUGGAAUGUUCUAAUAUCAUUCUCCUUAAUACACCCACGCAUGUAAUGUUCCCUUUCUUUGUGUGAUCUGUAAAAUGGACCAUUUAUGUUCCUGACCAAAAAUUACAUUACAAGAUAUAAAGCAUUAAAUCCUGUGUACUGUGAAACGAUUUGUUUCUUUUUUUGUUUUCAUCUCAAAAACUAUUAUAAUACAUAAUGUUACAUAUAAUAUAAUAUUUAAUUUGA